UCUCUCUCUCUCUCUCUCUUCUGGUAAUCCCUUCUUCUAGUGCAUGUGUAUUGUAUCCAUAAUAUUUGCCUUGUUAAGGUAAAAGCUGAAUGAGACCAUUUUUAAAUUUAUUGUUACUCUUUACAAGGUUGUUUCUUUCUUCCUAAUUAAUCGCAACACUUUCAGUUACUUAUUUACGUUUAUUAUUGAUUCUUGAGAAACAAGGAGCCACCAAAAGGAAUAUAUAUUUUGUUAUUAACUUAUCGUCAUUGAUAUCGCCUUCCUUUCGAGUUACCCUUAUCCGAAUUGGUGUUUGUUAAAAUCAACCUAAAAACGUUGGAUUGAAUCAUGGCUGAGACUCCGGCGAUUAGAAGGAUCGUUAAACAGGUUCUCUCUGGUGAUUGUAUGAUUAUACGUGAUAAGCCACGUGGAGGAGCUCCUGAAGAGAUGCAAGUUGGAUUAAGUUGGAUUGUUGCUCCAAAAAUGGGUAGAAAAAGUGGAAAUAAGGAAGAAGUUCCUGAAGAUAUUGGUGCGUUUGAAGCUCGUGAAUAUUUACGGAAACGUUUAGUGGGGAAAGAAGUAAUUUUCAAGAAAUUGUAUUCGGUACCAAUUGGACCAAGUGGAAAUCGAGACUGUGGUCUGGUUUAUGUGGAUGGAGAUGAAUAUUCACUGAACGAGAGACUGGUUGAAGAAGGUUUAGUUGAAGUAAUUAAACGUCGCCAGAAUGAGGAAUCAUUGUAUAAGCGUCUGAUUGAAUUGGAGGAAGCAGCAAAGAAGGGAAGAAAGGAAAAUGGUGUCCAGUGGGUGAGAGAGAUCAUUCAAGAGACGAAGUGUAUUGCAAGAAGUGAGCGCUGAGACUGCGGAAUCUUU